AUGACCACAGAAAUCACUCCUUCCAAGCAGGCUGCUUCGGCCAUUGACUCGCUAAAGAUGGAGUCGCCAAUCAAGAAGCUGGACUUCGGUACAGCUGACAAGGAGAACAAGCCCCUCGAUGAUGCUGCCGUCGAUGCUCUGUCCGAGCAGAUCGAUGCGGACCACAAGCCCAAGGUUGAAGAGACCAAGGACACCAAGCAAACUGCUGCAGUUGCGCCAGGUAUCAAAGCCCAAGAAGUUGACGAGCCUAUUCUUCAAGAGAAUCCUCAACGCUUCGUUCUGUUCCCCAUCAAAUAUCACGAGAUCUGGCAAAUGUACAAGAAGGCCGAGGCCUCUUUCUGGACGGCCGAGGAAAUUGAUCUCUCCAAAGACUUGCACGACUGGAACAACCGUCUGAACGAUGACGAGAAAUACUUCAUCUCUCACAUCUUGGCUUUCUUCGCUGCCUCUGAUGGCAUUGUCAAUGAGAACCUCGUUGAGCGAUUCAGUGGCGAGGUUCAGAUUCCUGAGGCUCGUUGCUUUUAUGGCUUCCAGAUCAUGAUGGAGAACAUCCACUCAGAAACGUACUCUCUGUUGAUUGACACCUACAUCAAAGAGAACGCCCAGCGCACCUACUUGUUUAAUGCCAUUGAUACCAUUCCUUGCAUUCGCAAGAAGGCCGACUGGGCUAUCCGGUGGAUCCAGGACAAGGAGUCCACCUUUGCUCAGCGUCUUGUUGCCUUUGCUGCUGUUGAGGGUAUCUUCUUCAGUGGCGCGUUCGCCUCCAUCUUCUGGCUGAAGAAGCGAGGUCUGAUGCCCGGCCUGACAUUUUCCAAUGAACUCAUCUCCCGUGACGAGGGCCUGCACACUGAUUUCGCCUGCCUUCUCCACUCUCACCUCAAGAACCGUGCUAGCAAGCAGGUCAUCUACGAUAUCAUCACUGAUGCUGUCACCAUUGAGCAAGAAUUCUUGACUGAGGCUUUGCCCUGUGCACUGCUCGGCAUGAACUCCAACUUGAUGAAGCAGUACAUUGAGUUUGUUGCUGAUCGUCUGCUCGUUGCUCUUGGUAACGAGAAGGUCUACAAGACUUCCAAUCCCUUUGACUUCAUGGAGAACAUCUCCCUGGGUGGCAAGACGAACUUCUUUGAGAAGCGAGUUGCUGAUUACCAAAAGGCUGGUGUCAUGGCCAGCGCCUCCAAAAAGGAGGACGGUGCCACCUCUGAAGACAACAAGGAUGGUGGCGACUUCACAUUCGACGAUGACUUCUAA